AUGUUUUCGAACAAGAGUUACAGUCCAUCGAAAGAUAUGUCUUACAAAGCUAGAGACAACUCCGCGGACGUCCAUGACGGUUACACAGACCAGCAGCAGCAGCAGUACCUCAAACAUUUGAAGCAGCUCAAGAACGAAUUCGAACAACGAUGGCGUUCGACGCCUACCUUCAGUAUUACAUUCGACGAACUAGAUCGAGUCCGGACGCUAGGCACGGGUGCUUUUGGAAGAGUCGUCCUCCUGAGACACAUUAAAACUGGAAAAUUCUACGCCAUGAAGAUCUUAGAAAAAGAAAAAGUAGUCAAGCUGAAGCAAGUUGAUCAUACGCUGUUUGAAAAGAGAAUACUUGAAGCAAUAAGGUUUCCUUUCACUGUGUCAAUGGAGUUUAGUUUUAAAGAUAAUAGCUACAUUUACUUCGUAAUGCCAUUCGUGUCUGGAGGUGAAAUGUUUACUCAUUUACGAAAAAUGGUGAAAUUCGAGGAACCUCUAGCAAAAUUUUACGCAAGUCAAGUGAUUUUGGCGCUCGAGUACCUGCACUUCUGCAAUAUAGUUUACCGGGAUUUAAAGCCGGAAAACAUUUUGAUCGAUAAAACCGGAUAUUUAAAAAUCACGGAUUUCGGUUUCAGUAAGAUUCUACAAGGUAGAACUUGGACCUUGUGCGGUACGCCCGAGUAUCUGGCGCCGGAAUUAAUAUUGAGUAAGGGCUAUGGAUUUUCCGUAGACUGGUGGUCGUUUGGAGUCCUGCUCUAUGAAAUGAAUGCGGGUUACCCGCCGUUUUAUGCUAACGAGCCAAUGAAGACGUAUGAGAAGAUUGUCGCCGGAAAAUACCGAUGUCCUUCGAGUUUUAACCCUGAUCUACGUGACUUGGUGCGAAAUACACUUCAAGUGGACAUCACCAAGCGUUUCGGUGUCAUGAAGGAUGGUGUAAUGGAUUUCAAAAACCACAAGUGGUUCAGAGGAAUAGAAUGGGAUGCUAUCGUUAAUUGUAGAUAUCCUGCACCAUUUAUUCCCAAAUACAAAUCUCCCGGUGAUGCCACAAACUUUGAACGUUACGAAGAAGAAACGCUGCAACCGGCUUCAUAUUGUCGUUUUGAGUCCGAGUUUAUAGAUUUCUAA